AUGCUGAAGAAAAGCAGCUCAAGGUCUCUACAAUGCCGUCCUGGAGGCCUUCUUACAAUGCUAUGUCCUCUCUUGCUCGUCAGCCUCCUCACAGUUGUCAUCUUGAGUUCCGAUGUCUCUUAUCUUCACUUCUUCGACACCAACACUUUACCUCACUUGUUCUUCGACACCAGCGCGAAUGAUAUCUCCCACAGCCCUAUUGUUUUGCCCUAUUCACUUCAUAGCCAAAUCUCCAAUUUGCAGACCCAACUAGGAGCCUUGCUUGGGCAGCUUCACAAUGAAAGCUCAGAAUCAAAAGUAGCAAAAUUCUCUGAUCAAGUUCUGCGCAUAGCCGUAUCAGUGGACAAGCUUGUUAACAGCCUCUCCAGCAUAUCAGGCAAUGCUCCUGCUAGUGGCGAUGGAAUGAGCAGGGUGGAAGAAGAUUUAAGUGAAGCUGGGGAAGGUGAAGAUCAAGAACCACCUGGUGUAAAGGUAUUCAACACAGGUGAGCUUCAUGAAUAUACCUCUCCAAAACUCAACAGGCCAAGCGGCAAAAAGAACUUUCUUGGGGUGGAGGCAAUCAGUCCUUCCAUUGGCUUAACAUGUGCCCAUAUGGCCACAACUAUAAAGCGUUUUAUGAGUUACAAAAUGUAUGGUAUGUGCCCAGAUGAUUGGGACUUGGCUCAAAAGCUUAUUACCAGUGGAUGUGAUCCCUUGCCCAGAAGGAGAUGCUUGUCAAGAGCAUCUCCAAACUACAACAAGCCAUUUCCUGUGAACUCCUCUCUUUGGACCCAACCUAGUGAUGCUAACAUCUUGUGGAGUCAUUAUAAAUGCAAAGGCUACUCGUGUCUUGUUUCCAACGAAACAAGAGGCAGAAGAGGCUUCUUCAAGUGUGCAGACUGUUUCGAUCUUUCGAAACAGAGAUGGGAGAUCCCAACUAACGAGUCUGUUUCAGCUGAGUUCACCAUUGAUCAAGUUCUAGCAUUGAAGCCAAGAGAGAUUCGUAUUGGACUUGAUUUCAGCCCCACAACUGGCACAUUUGCUGCACUUAUGAAGGAAAGAAAUGUUACUAUUGCAUCAGCAACCUUAAAUUUAGGGGCCCCUUUUAACGAGGUGAUUGCACUACGAGGCCUCUUGCCUCUGUAUCUAUCGAUUGGAUCAAGAUUGCCAUUCUUUGACAACACACUCGAUAUCAUUCAUUCUACUCUCUUCUUGGAUGGUUGGAUUGGGAAGGAACUUCUCCAAUUUGUGUUGUUUGAUUGGGACCGUGCUCUUCGACCAAAGGGGCUCCUCUGGGUGGAUCGUUUCUUCUGUUCGAAAGAGGUCAUGAAGCUGUAUUUGGAUGAGUUUAAAAGCCUGAGCUACAAGAAACUACUAUGGAGAGUGGUGCCAAAGACAGAUAAGGAUGCAGAUGAGCUUUUCUUUUCUGCUGUUCUGGAAAAGCCUAUUAGGCGAUGA